AUGAAGACGGUGGUGGCGCUGCUGCUGCUUUGGGUGUGUGACGCCGCAAAUGCCGACUGCCAGGAUGACUGCCUGUCCUGCGGGUCAAUCCUGCCCAAACAGCUCACCUUCAACACCAUGGAGUGUCUCUUUGAGUGUGAAGCCGGCGCCUCCCCAGGGUCAUCCUGGGACGUGUGCCAAGGUUCCUUGUCGCCUCAAUCGUUGCCCAAAAGAUCCGAGGAGGAGGUGGAGGCCUUCUUUCCUGCACAGGACGAGGAUGAAGAGAACGAAGAGGAGGGCGACGCUCUGCCGUUUGCCCUGCGGAGGUUCCGUCACGUGACCCGGGCGCUCGGCCUGGACGAGAGCGCCGUGAGCGGUGUCACCGACGACGCUCUCUCCCCGGAGGACGAGUACGACGCCAGCGCCCCGAGCGUCUCCAAGAGGUUCGGCGGCUUCGUGAAGGGCAGGCACGGCUACAAGAAGCUGAUGGCGCCGGCCCGGUCGUACCAGAAGAGGUACGGCGGCUUCAUCGGCAUCCGCAAGUCGGCGCGCAAGUGGAACAACCAAAAACGCGUCAGCGAGUUCCUCAAACAGUACCUGGGCAUGAGCGCCCGCUCCACAGAGUUCAACAGCGUGUCGGACGAGCUCAGCCAACACAACCAAGUCUAGCACAGCCACGGUUUCACUUUCCUCUUCCUUAGCUUAGGCUGCGUUUACGCCGCAGCGCUCUUCUUCUCAUUUAGUGCCUGUACUUGAUUUAUGUAGUACUUACAAGUACUUCUUAAUGCAUAUUAUACGUACUGUAGGUUGCUUUGUAAACUCUAUUUACCGCCCACAGCUUUGGCCUAUUUUUACACAAAAAUCCAAGCAGACCCAAAUGCAUCGCCACCAACCACGCGGCAUCAAUCAAUCAAUCAAUGUUUAUUUAUAUAGCGCUAAAUCACAAAUGUCUCAAAGAACUGUACAAACCAUUACAACUACGACAUCCUCGGAAGAACCCACAAAAUCCACAUCCUUCUCCUCUCUUAUUGGUCACCAGAACAUAAACAGGAAAUAGGUUUUGUGUACAAACUAGACUGAUGAUGCGUUCGGAAUUUACCACUUUCCAGUACAAGACUAAUCUAACACUGAAUUUACAAAAAUCCAAGCAGACUCAAAUGCAUCGCCACAGCCACGUGGCAUCAUUCUCCUCUCUUAUUGGUCGCCCGAACGUAAACAGGAAGUAGGUAUGUGUACCAACUAGACUCAUGGUGCGUUCAAUUUAUACUAGGAAGUCGGAAUUCAUGACCUUUCCAGUACGAGACUAAAUGUAACUUUGGAUUUUUUUUAAAUACUAGCAGACCCAAAUGCAUCGCCAGCAACUACGUGGCAUCAUUCUCUUUAAUUGGUCGCCCGAACGUAAACAGGAAGUAGGUAUGUGUACCAACUAGACCGACGGUGCGUUCCAUGUGCACUGGGACGUAGGAAUUCACCACUAAAUCUAACUUUGAAUGUACAAAAAUCCAAGCAGACCCAAAUGCAUCAUCUCUGCGGCAUAGUUCUCUUUCUCUAGGUUUUGUAUACAAACUAGGCUGACGGUGCAAUCCAUUUGUACUGGGAUGUCGGACUUUACGACUUCUCAGUAAAAGACUAAAUCCACCCAUCCAUCCAUUUCCUACCGCUUGUCCCAAGCCAACUUUGAAUUUACAAAAAUCCAAGCAGAUCUAAAUUCAUCGGCACCAACCACGUGGCAUCAUUCUCUUCUCUUACUGGUCGCCAGAAUGUAAACAGGAAGUAGGUUUUGUGAACAAACUUAACUGAUGGUGCGUUCUAUUUGUUCUUGAAAGUCAGUAUUUUCCAUCUUCCCAAUUCAAGACUAAAUCUAACUUUGGAGUUAAAAAAAAUCCAAGUAGACACAAAUGCAUCACCACCAACCACAUGGCAUCAUUCUCUUCUCUUAUUGGUCGCCAGAACAUAAACAGGAAGUAUGUUUUGUUUACAAACUAGACUGACGGUGCGUUCCAUUUGGACUGGGAAGUCGGAAUUUACGACUUCCCAGUACGAGACCAAAUUUAACUUUGAAUUUACAAAAAUCAAAGCACACCCAAAUGCAUCACCACAGCCACGUGGCAUCAUUCUCCUCUCUUAUUGGUCGCCGGAACGUAAACAGGAAGUAGAUAUUGUGUACCAACUACGCUGAUGGUGCGUUCCAUUUGUACUAGGAAGUCGGAAUUCAUGACUUCCCAAUACGAGACCAAAUCUAACUUUGAAUUUACAAAAAUCCAAGUAGACCCAAAUGCAUCACCACAGCCACCUGGCAUCAUUCUCCUCUCUUAUUGGUCACCAGAACGUAAACAGGAAGUAGAUAUUGUGUACCAACUACACUGAUGGUGCGUUCCAUUUGUACUAGGAAGUCGGAAUUCAUGACUUUUCCAGCACGAGACUAAAUCUAACUUUGGAUUUUUUUUAAAUACAAGCAGACCCAAAUGCAUCGCCAGCAACCACGUGGCAUCAUUCUCUUCUCUAAUUGGUUGCCAGAACGUAAACAGGAAGUAAGUUUUGUGUACAAACUAGACUGACGGUGCGUUCCAUUUGUACUGGGAAGUCGGAAUUAUGACUUCUCAGUAUAAGACUAAAUCCAUCCAUCGAUCCCAAGAUACAUCUAAUGUAAAUGGAACACACCACCACUGUGGGUGAUACUGCAAAGUAGGGGCCAGUAAAUUGGGGGGGGGGGCGUGAGAGGCAAUGGCAUAUAUCUUGUCACAUACAGAUAAAUUAACAUUGACUUCGGGGGGACGGGGGGCUCGGAAAAACUUCUGUCCCCCCAGAAAAUCUAACCGUUAGCCCGUUUAAGGUAGUUCUUCUUAAUUGGUGGAGUGGCCCUCCUCCCCUGGAGGGGCGUGAGAGGCAAUAACGUUUAUCUUGACACAUACAGAUAAGUAAACAUUAAUUUCAGGGAAGAGUGAAAAAAUUCUGUCCCCAUGAUAUAUUGAAUUUUGAACCCCUUUAAUGUAGUGCUUCUUAAUUGGUGGGGCAGGCCAGGGGGAGGGGGGCGUGAGAGGCAAUAGCGUAAUAGCAUAUAUCUAGUCACAUACAGAUAUAUAAAAAUUUACUUUGAGGGGGGGGGGGGGCUCGAAAAAAUUUCUGUCUCCCCCCCCAAAAAAAAUCUCCCUGGAGGGGCGUGAGAGGCAAUAACGUUUAUCUUGACACAUACAGAUAAGUAAACAUUCCUUUCAGGGGGGCGUGAAAAAAAUUCUGUCCCCAUGAUAUAUUGAAUUUUGAGCCCCUUUAUAAUG